AUGUUAAACCUGUGGAAAGGUUUUAACACAUAUAGCAGUAAAAGGAUUAGACAUCCAUAUAUUAUUACCAAUGAGAUAUUAAUAAAAAAGCAGAUAAGAAAUAAUCACAAUUUUAAUAUUUUAUUAGAAAAAGGAUGUAAGAAAAAAUUGUGUAACAAUAUAGUAUAUAAUAAUAAUAUAAACAAAUAUGUAAAUAUAUACAUGAAUAAUGAUAUACAUUCUUUUAAUCAUAUUAAUGGUAAGUGUCAUCAUUAUAGUAGUAAAAAGUUAAAUAUUAUAGACCCUGAAAAAAUUAGGAAUGUUGCUAUUAUAGCGCAUGUAGAUCAUGGAAAAACUACCCUUGUCGAUAAAUUGUUAAGACAAGGAGGUGAAAUAACAAAUAAUGAUAGAAUUAUGGAUCAUAAUGAUUUAGAAAAGGAAAGAGGUAUAACUAUAAUGUCUAAAGUUACCAGAAUAAAAUAUGAUGAUUAUUAUUUUAAUAUUGUAGAUACACCUGGACAUUCUGAUUUCGGUGGAGAAGUAGAAAGAGUAUUAAAUUUAAUUGAUGGAGUUUGUUUAAUUAUAGAUGUAGUAGAAGGACCUAAGAACCAAACUAAAUUUGUUUUAAAAAAAUCAUUAUUAAAUCCUUCUUGUAAAAUUAUUGUUAUUAUGAAUAAAUUUGAUAAACCCAGUAAUAUGAAAAAAAAAGAAGAAAUAGAAAAUGAAAUUUUUGAUCUCUUUGUUGAUUUAAAUGCACCUGAAGAAUCUAUGAAUUAUCCUAUUCUAUAUGCAUCUGCAAAAAAUGGAUGGUGUACAGAUAAUUUUCAUGAAGCUAAACAAAACAAUACUCAAAAAAAUGAUGUAUUAGUUAUAUUUAAAAAAAUAAUAGAAUAUAUUGAUUCACCAGUUCAUUUCUCAAAAAAUUAUAAACAUCUUGAAGAUAAAAGUGCAACCCUUUUGAUGGAUAAACAGGCAAAUAUAAAUGAAAACGUUAAGUUUUCAGAAGGAGUAUUUAGAGAGCAAAAUGAGGAACCUAAAAUUAUUACAGAUCUUAUUCUUAAGGAACCAUUUUGCAUGCUUGUCAGCUUAAUAGACCAUCAAGAAGGAAUUGGAGUUACUAUCACAGGGAAAAUCUUUAAAGGUGUUAUAAAAAAAGGAGAUAGUAUUGUUGUGAAAACUGAAGAAAAUAAAUUAAGAGGACAUUGUAUUAUUAAGAAUAUCUUUUAUAUGAAAGGUCUAAAAAUUGAAAAUGUACCUUUUGCAAGUGCAGGAGAUAUAGUUAAUAUAACUAUCGCUAAAGGUGUUACACCGUCAGUAAAUGAUACUAUAACAUCCGAUGAAAAUAUGGAAAGUCUAAAAACUAGACCAAUCGACCCUCCAGUGUUAUGCUUAAAAAUAUCCCAAAACACAAGUCCUUUAACGGGUAAGGAUGGGAAGCAUAUUACCUUAUCGUCGAUAGGUAAUAGACUUAAGAAAGAAGCAGCAAUUAAUAUAGCUAUAGAAAUAAGUGAAUCUGAAAAAAAAGAUAGUUAUGAAGUAAAAGGAAGAGGAGAAUUACAACUAGGUAUUCUUAUAGAAAAAUUAAGAAGAGAAGGUUAUGAAAUGACCAUAUCAUCACCAAAUGUUAUAUAUACUAAAGAUGAGAAAGGAAAUUUAUUAGAACCUAUUGAAGAAUAUCAUAUUACUAUACCAACAUCGAUGACUUCAAAUGUUAUAGAAAAAUUAAAUACAAGAAAAGCAGAAAUUGUAGAUAUUAUAAAUGAUGAUGAUGAUAAUACAUUUAUCAAAUGUAUAUGUCCAUCAAGAAAUUUUUUUGGUAUGAGAUCUUAUUUAAGAGAUAUAAGUAAAGGCACUUCUAUAAUUAAUUCCGAAUUAAAAGAAUAUAAAAAAAAACAACCAUCCUAUAAACGAGAUCGUAAUGGAGUUAUUAUCUCAUCAUCAAGUGGAACAACUACAGCUUUCUCAUUAGAUCCUAUUCAACAGAAAGGUAAUUUAUUUGUAAAUGAAAAUUAUCCAACAUAUGAAGGUAUGAUUAUUGGUGAACAUUUCUUAAGUAAUGAUAUUGAAAUGAAUGCUAUAAAAGUAAAACCUGUUCAACAUUUGAGAAAUAAAGGACAUGAAGAUACAAUAAGAAUUAAUCAUAAAAAUAUUACUAUAGAAUAUGCUCUGUCAUUUAUUCAAGAUGAUGAAGAAAUAGAGGUAACUCCUAAAAGGAUCGUCAUGCGUAAAAAAAUUCUAAACACUGAACAGAGAAAAACAGCAAACAGGAAAGCAAAACAUGGGUGA